AUUGUUCUUUAGGGUUGUUGCUGAGAUCACCCUUUUCUUUUUUGAGCUUGAAGAGGACCACUUUGGUAUUAGAGUAGAAAAUUAUAUGCUGUUGAUAUGAUGAUAAUGAUGGAAAAGACUGUUACUGUUUUGACCAGAGACUGAGUCUUUAUGCCUUCUCUCUUUUCCUUUCCCACAAAACGUUUCUUGUCCCCUGGAUUUGACAGGUCUCCUUCUACUACUUCUUUUUUUGGAUUUUCACUUCUUGAAUUGGAAUAUUAGAUUUAGAUUUAGCUCUUCUUGUGGGAUUGCUGGUAUUGUUUUCUAUUCAAAAGGAUAUCCCAAAAUGCCGAUGUAUCAGCCAAAUAGUCAUGGAAAUGUAAAGCUAGACAUGGGUUCUGGUGGGCACCUUUUGGAUCUACAAACCACCAUUAAAGGUGGCAUUUUGGGCCCUGUUGGCGGCGGUUUAGUUUGUACAGAUGUGAAGGAGAAACUGGAUCUGAGGAAGAUGGUUGGGGAGCUUGAAUCAAUACAAGUGCCAUCAGUGUUUAUAUGUCCAAUUUCAUUGGACCCUAUGCAAGAACCAGUGACUCUCUGUACUGGACAGACUUAUGAAAGAUCCAACAUUCUCAAAUGGUUCUCUUUGGGUCAUUGCACUUGCCCCACAACAAUGCAAGAGCUUUGGGAUGAUACGGUGACACCAAACAGGACUUUGCAGCAGCUGAUUCAUAGCUGGUUCUCGAGUAAGUAUUUGGCUAUGAAGAAGAGAUCAGAGGACGUGCUAGGGAAGGCUGUUGAGCUUUUGGAUUCUUUAAAGAAGGUUAAGGGCCAAGCUAGAGUGCAAACUUUGAAGCAACUUAGGCAUGUCGUGGUUGCUCAUUCUAUGGCGAAGAAGACAGUGAUGGAUAAGGGUGGAGCUGCCUUGGUUUCUUCUUUGUUGGGUCCUUUUACAACUCAUGCUGUUGGGUCUGAGGCCAUUGGUAUUCUUGUGAAUUUGGAGCUUGAUUUGCCAUCCAAGGCAAAUUUGAGGCAGCCUGCAAAGAUUUCUUUAAUCGUGGAUGUGUUGAAUGAGGGUUCGAUUGAGACCAAGAUUAAUUGUACGAAAUUGAUCGAAAUGUUGAUAGAAGGGAAGGAUUCAGGAUCGGACAAUGUGUCAAGUUUGAGUCUUUUGGCAGGUCUAUUGAGGUUGGUGAAAGAUAAGAGACAUCCCAAUGGAGUAUUGGCUGGACUCGGUUUGUUAAAUACGAUUUGUUCAGAUGAGUCCCUUAGGAGCUCAGUUGUGAGCAUCGGGGCAGUUCCUCCAUUAGUGGAGUUAUUGCCUAGUUUGAAUAAUGAGUGCUUGGAAUUAGCUCUUUAUAUUUUGGAGGUCCUCUCAACUGUUCCAGAGGGUAGGUUGGCUUUGAAGGAUUGUGCCAACACAAUUCCUAAUGUGGUCAAGUUAAUGAUGAGCAAAUCGGAGAGCUGUACUCAGCUUGCAUUAUCAAUACUGUGGGCUGUUUGCAAGCUUGCACUGGAAGAAUGUGCAGCACUUGCUGUGGAGGCGGGUUUGGCAGCGAAGCUACUUCUUGUAAUACAGAGUGGCUGCAAUCCUGUAUUGAAGCAGCGGUCAGUUGAGCUCCUGAAACUGUGUAGUCUAAAUUACACGGCUACUAUCUUCAUUUCCAAGUGUAAGCUUACCAGAACGAUACAGUGAAUGAAAUUGGCAAAUUGUUGAUACAUAACAUCUUUUCUUUUACCUCGCAAGACGCAAAGGAGCUCUUGGGAUCACUUGGAACACAUGGCGGGCUCUCUGGCCCGUGCAUAUUAAAGAGCUUUGAUACAUACCAUUGAUUUUCCAUGAUGAAAGCAUCAUAAUGUGGAUUUUAGGCUAAUCACAGUGUCUGUAAGCUGGUGGUUUUACCAAAAUUUUUAAGAAAUGUGCAGCCGAGUGAGGUUGCUAUUGAAUUCAGCUGCUUUUGUAUGCCAAACUGGACUACGCUGGGUUGUGGAUUUGAGAUUGUUUCAAUCCUCAACUGAUGUGUAUAGUAUGUCUCUGGCGGAGCGUUAGUGAGGUUCUGGUGAUUUAGAAAGCAAGAAAGGGAUUUGGGGAUUAGGAAUUCAGUCAUUCACACAGGGAUGUAUUUUUCACGGUAAUCAACGAGCAAACAUUUGUAUUUAUACAUGCAAUUUUUCAUUUU